AAUUACUGGGGGCCCGCUGUCUGCGAAGCACGUUGACAGGGACAUUGACGUUCAAGAUGGUGCUGGACAUCGACCUGUUUCGGGCGGAAAAGGGUGGCGACCCAGAUCUGAUCAGAAAAUCGCAAAAGAAUCGUUACAAAGAUGUUACGCUGGUGGACAAGGUGGUGGAUCACGACAACGCCUGGAGGAAACAUCGCUUCGACGCUGACAACUGGAACAAGCUGAAAAAUGCGUGUUCCAAAGUCAUCGGAGAGAAAAUGAAGAAAAAGGAGCCGGCCGGCGACGACGAGACGCUGCCGGACGCUGUGACGUCACAGCUGGCUCAGCUGACUGCCGACCAGCUGCGGCCGUUGAGCGUCACUCAGCUGAAGAGGGUGCGCCAACUGCUGGAUGACGAGAUGGCGAAGACGAACGCCGCCGUGGAGCAGAGCGUGCUGCAGCGCGACGCCGCGCUCUCCAACAUCGGCAACAUCCUGCACGACUCCUGCAUCAUCAGCAACGACGAGGAGAACAACGGUGUGGAGCGCACGUCGGGCGACUGCGCCGUCCGGCGGCGCUACUCGCACGUCGACCUGAUCCACAUGAUCGACGGCAUGGACGGCGAGCGGGGCGCGGCCGUGUCUGGCGCGCGCGGCUACUACCUGACCGGGCCGGCCGUCUUCCUGGAGCAGGCCAUCGUCCAGCUGGCGCUGCGCAUGCUGCUGGAGAAGGGCUUCAAGCCGCUUUACACGCCCUUCUUCAUGCGCAAGGAGAUCAUGCAGGAGGUGGCCCAGCUCAGCCAGUUUGACGACGAGCUGUACAAGGUGGUGGGCAAGGGCAGCGAGCGGGGCGACGACGCCUCGGUGGACGAGAAGUACCUGAUCGCCACGUCGGAGCAGCCGAUCGCCGCUUUCCACCGGGACGAGUGGAUCCCGGAGGCGACGCUGCCCAUCCGCUACGCCGGCCUCAGCACCUGCUUCCGCCAGGAGGUCGGCUCGCACGGCCGCGACACGCGCGGCAUCUUCCGCGUGCACCAGUUCGAAAAGGUGGAGCAGUUUGUGCUGACCUCCCCGCACGACAACGCCAGCUGGCUGAUGAUGGACGACAUGAUCAGCAACGCCGAAAGGUUCUGCCAGGCGCUCAACAUCCCCUAUCGCGUGGUCAACAUCGUCAGCGGCGAGCUCAACAACGCCGCCAGCAAGAAGCUGGACCUGGAGGCGUGGUUCCCGGGCAGCGGCGCCUUCCGCGAGCUCGUCUCCUGCAGCAACUGCACCGACUACCAGUCCCGCCGGCUGCGGGUCCGCUACGGACAGACCAAGAAGAUGGGCGACAAGGUGGACUACGUGCACAUGCUGAACGCCACCAUGUGCGCCACGACGCGGGUCAUCUGUGCCUUGCUGGAGCUCGGGCAGACCGAGACCGGCGUCACCGUGCCCGAGGUGCUGCGGCCCUUCAUGCCCGAGAUGUACCAGGAGGAGAUACCGUUCGUGAAGCCGGCCCCCAUCGACCAGGAGGAGUCGAAGAAGUCGAAAAAGCAGAAGGACGGCAUGAAAAAGGGGAAGGUGGAACAAUGACCGCAACCCAACACCACCUAGGAACGAUGUGUCCCUUCAGGUGUCCGGUGCAUCAUGGGCCAGAGUUUUGCUACGCGCUAUUGCGGUUCUCCGGGGCUGUUCUGUUAUUUAUUCAGUAUUUUAAAACGGUUUAGUCUACCGCCUCUCACGUGACUUGCCGCGGGUGUUAUCCAAUGUCGGGACGUUGUUGUCACUGGUUUUCUAUGGGGUGCGCGCGUCCAUUGUGGAAGGAAAUCUCGAGCCCAUCAAUACACUGGACCAGCCUGCU